AUGUUACCUCUACGGACAUUUCGCUCGCACUUUUCAAGGCGAUGUGCCUUUCAGACAAUUGCGUCCCGCGCCUAUGCUAGCCAAACACCGGGCAAUCCGAUGCUGGAGGUGUUCAAUCGCAAAAUCAAGCACUUGCAGAAAGACCGGGCAGCUCAGAAUGUGGAAGAAAGCCGGAAUGUCGACUACUUGAAAGAUGAAGUGGCGACACGACUAUGCGAGCGGUUACUGGAUAUCAGUCGCAACUUUCCCCACGUUCUUGACCUCGGUGCAAACAGCUGCAACAUCGCCAAAGCUAUCACGAAUCCUAAUCUCGAUGUGGUUGGACCCGAGGGGAAUGUGCUGCGACCACUAUCAGGCAAGAUCUCGAAGUUGACCUGUGUGGAGACAUCGCGCGCACUUCUUCACCGCGAUGAAGACAUGCAAUUUAACAAGGAUAUCGAGGUCCAGCGAGAUAUCAUUCCAGACCUGGAAUCACUGCCCUAUGCCCCGAACAGCUUCGAUGCUGUCCUGUCCUCGCUCUCGAUACACUGGGUCAACGACCUGCCUGCACUUCUAGAGCAGGUAAACACUAUCCUCAAGCCUGAUGCGCCGUUCAUCGCCGCUAUGUUCGGCGGUGACACAUUGUACGAGCUACGUGGGUCGCUGCAGCUAGCGGAUAUGGAGCGACGAGGUGGUGUGAGCCCGCAUAUCUCGCCUCUGGCGGAUGUCAAGGAUGUGGGAAGUCUGUUGACCCGGGCUGGAUUCAAGAUGCUCACCGUGGAUGUGGAGGACAUCGUGGUUGAGUUCCCUGAUACCUUUGCACUCAUGAAGGACUUGCAGGCCAUGGGCGAGAACAAUGCAAUCAUGAACCGAGACCAGGCGCCAUUGUCGCGGGACGUCUUGCUGGCUAAUGAAGCCAUCUAUCGCACCCUGCACAUGGAAGAAGGAGCGCCUGGUAUUCCCGCGACGUUCCGAUUGAUCUUCAUGAUCGGAUGGAAGGAGGGAGAGAACCAGGCCCAGCCAUUGCAGCGUGGCAGCGGUGACGUGAACCUCAAGGAUAUCUUGGGCGGUGGAGACUUCGACAGGCCAUGA